AUCCUGUAAGAGGAACACCGCCAGGAGCCCUGUCAAGUGCGGCCGGGGAGUGAGGAGCGAGGGAAAGUAAUGGCUCAGGUUCUAAACCUAAGCCCGCCAGUGCCAAGUAAAAGCAAAUCGUUCUUGCUUUCUUCAGACUCUUCUUGUUCUACUCACCAAAGCUGGAGUUCUCUGCAGCGCACUCUCCUGUGCAAGGGCAGAUUCCUUUGCCUCUUCUCCGACAACAAGAGAGAGGAAGAAGCUAGAAAAGCAUUAGAAGGUGCACUUAGUGGGAAGAAAAAUGAAUUUGAGAAGUGGAACAAAGAAAUAAAAAGACGAGAGGAGCUGGGGGGUGGAGGUGAUGCCGGUGGAGGAGGUUGGUUUGGGAGGGUUGGAUGGUUUGGCUGGUCUAAUGAUGACAACUUUUGGCAAGAAGCCAAACAAGCAAGUCUUACUGUGCUAGGAAUCAUUCUCAUUUAUCUCAUAGUUGCAAAAGGUGAGCUGCUCCUAGCCGUCAUCUUAAAUCCACUGCUCUAUGCACUGCGAGGAACAAGAAAUGGGUUCAGUUUCAUAACAUCGAGAAUCUUGAAAAUUACUAGCGGUGGUAAUCAGAGCAACUUUGAUGGCAUUUUGAAGAAGGAAGAUUAUCAACGCCCUUCAGCUAAAGAGAAUGUUGUAAGGAAAUGGGGUAGUGACUAAAAACUAAAGUUUGUGACAGGGUUGAGAUUAUUUCUUUCUGUAUGCAAAUCACAUUGCGGCAAUUGUUGUUUCAGCUCAACUGUAUUUUUUUCCCAUCUUGGUAAGAGGUAAAUUUUGUUUUCUCCGCCAUUUCUGUCCGAACGAGCUGUCCCAGUUCAACAUUGUGCUGAUGCAUCUAACUAUAUUCACAAGCUUGCAUCUAGGGUUUAGGACAUGCUUGAUACUUAAAUACUGAAUGUCAUAUUAUUGGAUUGAAGUUUCUAUGGC